UCUUCCAUAGUUGUGGCGCAGGCGUUUUUCUUUCCCUCCCCUCUAUUCUUCUUCCUUGUCUGAGGUUACUCCACCCGAAUAGCAGCCAACGAGUCCUCCCCAGGGCACCAUCGUCAUUCCUCUUCCCUUCCUCCCACACUCUCUGUCUAGACAACCCUCGUGUACAAUUCCACUCUUUCCCCGGUAUUCAUAUUCGUCUCCAUUUCCCCUUUCCUAUUGCCGGAUAUCUCCCUGCGUGGAAUGAACCCGUUAUUUUUUGUGUUUAUUCCCGUGUAUGCCUGAGCGUUAUCCCGCACUCUUCUUUGUCUGUGGAAUUGAUAGGCCAGUUAUCUUGUCGCCUACGUGCGAGACCCGGUGAGGUCGCUAGUAACAACAACAACAAUGGGACACUCAAGACGUCCGGUUGGCGGGGAGAAGAAAGGUCGAUUCGGUCGGUCAAAGGCGGCUGCGGAUGUGGGCGAUGGACGACAAGCGGGCAAGCCCCAGGUCAAGAAAGCUAUCUUCGAGAGCACAAAGAAGAAGGAGAUUGGUGUGUCGGAUCUGACGCUGUUGAGCAAGAUCUCCAAUGAGGCUAUCAACGACAACCUGAAAAUACGAUUUGAACAUGACGAGAUCUACACUUAUAUCGGUCAUGUGCUGGUGUCUGUCAACCCUUUUCGAGAUUUGGGUAUCUACACCGACAAUGUCCUCGACUCCUACCGGGGCAAGAACCGCCUCGAGGUCCCUCCCCAUGUAUUCGCCGUCGCGGAGUCCGCUUACUACAACAUGAAAUCCUACAAAGACAACCAAUGUGUCAUUAUCUCGGGUGAGUCGGGCGCGGGUAAAACUGAGGCCGCGAAGCGGCUCAUGCAAUACAUCGCCAGUGUAUCGGGGGGCAGCGAUUCGUCUAUUCAGGAGACAAAGGACAUGGUUCUAGCGACCAACCCGCUGCUGGAGUCGUUUGGUAAUGCAAAGACCUUGCGCAACAACAACUCCUCGCGGUUCGGAAAGUACCUGGAACUGGAAUUCAACGUGAAUGGCGAACCUGUUGGCGCUAACAUUACAAACUACCUGCUGGAGAAGUCGAGAGUCGUGGGGCAGAUUAUGAAUGAACGGAACUUUCACAUUUUCUACCAGUUCACCAAGGGUGCGCCGAAGAAGUACCAAGACAUGUUUGGCAUCCAACAGCCCCAAUCCUAUCUAUAUACAAGUCGAUCGAAAUGUUUCGAUGUUCCUGGAGUCAACGAUGUGGCAGAGUUUCAAGAUACUAUCAAUGCCAUGUCGGUUAUUGGAAUGUCGGAGGCUGAGCAGGAUAAUGUCUUCCGGAUGCUGGCCGCGAUCCUGUGGAUUGGUAACGUCCAAUUUGGCGAAGACGAUUCAGGAAACGCUGCUGUUACAGAUGACUCCGUGGUGAACUUUGUCGCAUACCUGCUGGAGGUGGACUCGGCCGAGGUUAAGAAGGCCCUGACUAUCCGCAUCAUGGAGACCGCUCGUGGUGGCCGCAGAGGAUCGGUCUAUGAGGUCCCGCUCAACCCCGUCCAAGCCCUGGCUGUUCGUGAUGCCCUGGCCAAGGCAAUCUAUUUCAACCUGUUCGACUGGAUCGUUCAACGAGUCAACGCCUCUCUCGCUGCGAAGGGAUCCAUCACGAACUCCAUCGGUAUUCUCGAUAUUUAUGGAUUUGAGAUUUUUGAGAAGAACUCGUUUGAACAGCUCUGCAUCAACUACGUCAACGAAAAGCUCCAGCAAAUUUUCAUCCAGUUGACUCUGAAAGCCGAGCAGGACGAGUACGCUCGUGAACAGAUCAAAUGGACGCCUAUUAAGUACUUCGACAACAAGGUUGUGUGCUCGCUAAUCGAGGACAAACGCCCUCCUGGUGUGUUUGCCGCUCUGAACGAUGCUUGUGCAACGGCGCACGCCGAUUCGGGCGCUGCUGACAGCACCUUUGUUGGACGACUGAACUUCCUCUCACAAAAUCCCAACUUUGAGAACCGACAGGGCCAGUUUAUCGUCAAGCACUAUGCUGGUGAUGUCAGUUAUGCAGUGGAAGGAAUGACAGACAAGAACAAGGACCAGCUGCUGAAGGAUCUGCUGAACCUCGUCCAGACCAGUGGCAACCAAUUCGUCCACACUCUUUUCCCGAACCAGGUUAACCAGGAUGACAAGAGGCGACCUCCGACUGCAAGUGACAAGAUCAAAGCUUCGGCUAAUGACCUAGUUGCAACGUUGAUGAAGGCCCAGCCGUCGUAUAUUCGUACCAUUAAGCCUAAUGACAACAAGGCUCCGCGGGAAUAUAAUGAAGGUAACGUUUUGCAUCAGAUCAAGUAUCUUGGUCUUCAGGAGAACGUGCGCAUCCGCCGCGCUGGUUUUGCCUACCGUCAAACCUUUGACAAGUUUGUGGAGCGUUUCUACCUUCUCUCUCCUAAGACAUCCUACGCCGGUGACUAUACAUGGACGGGUGAUUCUGAGUCUGGCGCCCGACAGAUUCUCAAAGAUACCAGUAUUCCCGCCGAAGAGUACCAGAUGGGUAUCACCAAGGUUUUCAUUAAAACCCCGGAGACCCUUUUCGCUCUGGAAGCCAUGCGAGACCGCUACUGGCACAACAUGGCCAUCAGGAUCCAGCGUGCUUGGAGAAACUACUUGCGCUACCGUACGGAGUGCGCUAUUCGUAUUCAGCGCUUCUGGCGCCGCAUGACUGGCGGGCUUGAGUUCAUCAAACUGCGCGACCAAGGCCAUCAGAUUCUCGGUGGUCGCAAAGAACGCAGAAGGAUGAGUCUGCUCGGUUCCCGUCGCUUCCUUGGUGACUAUGUCGGCGUGGGUAACACGGGCGGCCCUGGAGAGAUGAUUCGUAGCGGUGCCGCUAUUAAUGCAUCGGAGGAAAUUCUCUUCUCCUGCCGUGGUGAGGUUCUGAUUUCCAAGUUUGGUCGCUCUAGCAAGCCGUCGCCUCGUAUCUUUGUCCUGACAAACCGACAUGUGUAUAUCGUGGCACAAACCCUCGUCAACAACCAGCUUGUCAUCGCGUCGGAAAAAACGAUACCGAUUGGGGCUAUCAAGGCCGUCAGUGCUUCGAACUUCCGGGAUGACUGGUUCUCGUUCAUCAUUGGGGGACAGGAGCCAGAUCCGCUAGUCAACUGUGUAUUCAAGACUGAAUUCUUCACUCAUCUUCACAACGCCCUUCGUGGGCAGCUAAAUCUGAAGAUAGGCCCACAGAUUGAAUACAACAAGAAACCCGGAAAACUGGCAACGGUGAAAGUCGUCAAAGACCCAGGAUCUUCGCAAGUGGACAGCUACAAGAGCUCGACAGUCCAUACGAGUGCCGGCGAGCCCCCUAAUUCAGUGUCCAAGCCUACCCCGCGGCCGAAGCAAGUCAGCGCGCGACCUGUGACCAAGGGCAAGCUUCUCCGGCCUGGUGGUCCCGGAGGUGGCCCGUCCAAAUUGGCCGCAAGACCUGCUGCUCCUGCUCGUCAGCCUCUACCACAGUCUACACCUCAGCCAGCAGUGCAGCCAACUCCCGCCGCAGUUCCCCGACCUGUUGCUGCGAUUGCCGCGUCUCAUUCUCGUAACUCCUCCACAAACUCUGCGAGGGCACCCCCGCCUCCUCCACCCGCCGCCGCUCCAGCUACGAAGAAAGCCAAGGUGUUGUAUGACUUUAGCAGCGACCGCAGCAACGAGUUGACAAUCAAAGCGGGCCAGAUUGUCCAGAUUGUCUCCAAGGAAGGAAAUGGUUGGUGGUUGUGUAUGAAUAUGGAAACCUCGGUCCAAGGCUGGACCCCCGAGGCAUAUCUCGAAGAACAAGUUGCGGCUGCGCCCCGACCUGCACCCCCUCCACCUCCAGCCGCUCCUCGAGCGAGCCCAAUCCCCGCAACAAACGGAGCAGCCACAGCAGCGGCAGCUAAAGCCAAACCCGCGCCGCCAGCACCCCCAGCCAAGCGACCAAACAUGGCCGGGCGAAAAACCGCCCCUGCCCCUCCUCCCGCUCCCCGCGACAGCGCAGUCAGCAUGAACUCGCAUGAUUCCUCUGGUGCUAGUGGCCGUGGCACACCGAACAGUCUGUCCAACGUCAGUCUUGCUGGCGGACUUGCCGAGGCACUGAGAGCCCGGCAAAGCGCCAUGCAGGGCAAGCACGACGACGAUGACGAGUGGUAGUAGUGUCUUUGCGUUUCUUCUUCCCUCCUUUCCCCUUUAGUAUAUUUUUCUUCUUCUUCUUUUGAUAUUUGUUCUGUCAUCAAUUAGCAUCCAUUAGAGGUUACGUUACGUUACGUUUCGGAGUGUUCUGGUCUGGACUUUGAUACUAAGAAGCGGACCGUACAUAUUGGCGCUUGCAUACCCUUUUGUCUGGAUAUUGACAUUGCGUGGUAGAGUGGAUGUUAAUUUGUUAAACCGUAUAUAUUGCCUUGUAGCUUCAAUGUUCUUUCCAAGGGUAGUUAUGCUAGUACAUAUAUAUCACCCUACAGCUCCGCAUGUCUUCUCUAUAGCUCAAUAAACAUUCCAUCC